AUGCGGCUGGAAGGUGAUACGGUCUCUCUUGCACCCAAUUGCCUCGGUGUCUUCAAUUACUGGCCGCAAAUCGUUGUCGAGCAUAACAUGUACGGAUACGACGCACUGAUUUCAUACAAAAAGCAUUCCGGAGAACAUAUAUUUGGGCCGGUGCCAGCGAAUAUGGGACAGCUCGAUCCAGAUUUUAGCGAUCCAAAUCUUGUCAGGUUUGCUUUUAUGCAUUCUCGACCGCAAAUAUAUCGGACAUUAUUGUCAGAAGUGCAGCGUUGUGGAAUAUCGGUCCAUUUUCAGAAGACAGUGACCGACUAUUUCGAAGACGUAGAAGCUGGCAUCGCCGGAGUUGUGACCGAAGAUGGUCAGAAGGCCAUGGCUGACGUUGUCGUUGCAGCUGAUGGAGUUGGGUCAAUGUCCUACAAAAUCGUGACGGGCAAGAAGACAAAGGCCAGAAGCAGUGGAUUUUCAAUGUAUCGCGCUGCUUUCCCUGUGGACCGAGUCUUAGCGGAUCACAAUCUGCGCAAAACUUUCUCGACGUACGGUGACAAGCCACGGUGGGAUUUCUACAUCGGUGAAGACACUCACUUCACGGCAUUCACGUCCAAGGACCUGGCAACUUUUUCUUACACUCACAGAGACGAUGGCUCUGCCACAGACUCGUGGGCAGCGUCAUUGAGCCCCGGGGACGUACUCAAAGUGAUGGAGAGAACUCCAGGAUGGAGCGAGCAGAUCAAGGGCUUCAUCAAAGCAGCCCCAGAGAAUAGCAUCAUAGACUGGAAAUUGCUUUGGCGUGACCCGCAGCCUGAGUGGACGUCGCCAGGUGGACGUGUUGUUCAAAUAGGCGAUGCUGCCCACUCCUUUCUCCCAACUUCUGGUGGAGGAGCCACGCAGGCAGUAGAAGAUGCCACAUCAUUGGCCGUCUGUCUGGCAACUGGCGGCAAGGAUAACCUUGCUGUCUCAACCAAAGUCCAACAAAAGCUUCGGUUUGAGCGAGUGUCCUGCCAUCAGUUGAAGGGCUUCUUAAAUCGAGAAAUGAUACAUCGCACAGACUGGGCAUCUAUAGCCAAAGAUCCGUCUGCGAUCGAGCAGAAACAUGGUGAUUGGAUUGUAAUGCACGAUCCCGAAGCGUACGUCAACGAGAACUACUGGAAAGCCUACGAUCACGUCGUUGGUGGCAAGGAGUUCGUCAACUCCAAUGUUCCCAAAGGCUGGAGUCACCAGACAUGGACGAUUGAGCAGGUCUUGAAUCAACCACUAGCUAGUUUCCAAGAGAGCGGAGACUGGUCUAUACGUCAACUUGGAGUGGGACAUGUUAUGGGAGUCCCUGGUGACAUGAACCUUGAGCUGCUCGAUUAUAUCAGAGAAGUUCCUGGUCUCAUUUGGGUUGGGAACGCCAACGAACUGAAUGCAGCAUACGCUGCGGAUGGGUAUGCGCGUGUGAAGGGAGUGCCAGGAGUGUUGGUGACUACCCAUGGUGUUGGGGAAUUGAGCGCCAUCAAUGGUAUUGCGGGUGCAUAUACUGAACAGGUGCCCGUGAUUCACAUUGUCGGCGCCACUCCUAUGACUGCGCAGAAGAAACGAGCAAUGAUACACCACAACCUAGGUCCCAAUCCUGAUCAUCGAGUCUACGCCGACAUACCCGCUCGAGUGAGAUGUCACGUCGCCUACCUAGAUGAUGCCAGCACCGCGCCAGCAUUAAUAGACGCAACCAUACAAGAGUGUUUGAAUCAAUGGCUGCCGGUGUACAUUUACGUGCCCUUGGACUACGUUCACGCACUCGUAGCGGAGCCAAAAUCCAGACUGGAACCGAACCCCCCGCAGACCGCAACGAUGAAUGAGAAGGCCUCAACUCGAAUCUUCGAUGCUUUACAAACUUCCAGCAAGAGAGUCGUUCUAGUGGACGUGCUAGCCACUCGGCAUGGAGCUUUUGAUCUGCUGGGAGCUCUUGUCGACGUUCUCAAUUGCCCCAUUUACUGCACCCCAAUGGGCAAAGGGGCCAUCAACGAGACACACCCAAUGUACGUUGGCAUCUACAGCGGCGGGACUUCAGCGCCGGGCAUCAAAGAAGCUGUGGAAUCCAGUGAUUGUGUUCUCCACUUGGGGCCGCUGCUUGCGGACUCUAACACCGGCGCCUUUUCGAUGCAAAUCGAAGAGAACCGGCUGAUCUCAAUUGAUCCGUACCAAUGUGUGGUAGGUUCUGAGACACAUACACCUUUAGCAUGUCGUAUGACAGUCCUGAAAGAAAUCCUGAAGUUAGCAACAUCACAAAGACUGCCUGUAAUCGACACGCCGGUCCCUUCAGCAAUUUCCCCACCGGAGGAGUCUUCUGAUCCUGCCAUUACACAGGCCUGGCUCUGGAAAUCAUUCGGUAAAUUCUUGCGACCAAACGAUGUUCUCAUUGUCGAGGCAGGCACUGCGCAGUUUGGCAUGCCCGAUGCCACAUUCCCAGCGCACAUCCGUUACAUCACCCAGGUCUACUAUGGAUGCAUUGGCUACUCCGUCGGCUGCUGCGCGGGAGCGGCAUUUGCACAACGAGAAGCCCAGAGCGAAGCGACACUUGCUAGCGGACGCUUGAUUCUCGUGGUGGGAGAUGGUAGCAUCCAGCUCUCGGUUCAGGAGAUUGGCACGAUGAUCAGAGCAGGAUUGAAGCCGAUCAUAGUCCUGCUCAACAAUGACGGAUAUACGAUCGAGCGGACAAUCCACAGACCCAACGAAGUCUACCAUGACAUUGCUCAAUGGCGUUGGCAAUCGAUGCUCGACUUCUUUGGUGCGGAAAAUCCGGCGACGGCGAGUUCAGUCGUGCGGACGAAGGCAGAGCUUGAAUCUAAAAUGUCAUCUCCUGAGCUCCUCACUCCUACACAGAUGCAGCUGGUGGAGUUGAGGAUGGACAAGUUCGAUGCUCCUUGGAGACUAAAACGUCAAGUUGAAAUUGUCAACGCAGGCAAGCAGAAGACUUGA